CCAGAUCAUCAAUUCCUCGUGAAUAUGGUGUGAAUAAAAUUAUCUUUAAUUAAUCUGUACGAUAAUCUUCAUUUCACAAGCUCUCUAGUCUCUACUCUGAUCAGCAACAAGGAGUCUCCUCCACCGGAAUCACAAUUGCGUGGUGGUGAUAGUUUGCUUGGAAGAUCUGGAAUUGAAGAGAGAGAUUGGAUAAAACAUGGUACUUCGUCAUCUUGUAGCUGGACAAUCGCCACCAUUGCUCCUCCACUCACAGUCACAUGCUCCACCACCCAUCUCCAGGGGAUUGCCUGGAAAAAUGAAGUUGAAGUGUUCUUUUGAACACCCUAUUGGCUGGAAAGCCUGGAAUGUUGCAGGCAGACAUGUAUUACCAGGGCUUGCAGCAUCAAUUUUAUUUCUCUCUCAAACUAACCAGGUUGUUGCUGCAGAUCUUCCUCAUAAUCAUAGUAUAUUCCAGCUUGCAAACGCCACCAAUAAUUUGACUCUGCCACUCGAUGAGGGUUCUGAUGAAAGAGGAGGGAAGCUGAUGAUGAUGAGAGGAAUGACAGCACAGAACUUUGACCCAGUCAGAUAUUCGGGAAGAUGGUUUGAAGUAGCUUCACUUAAACGCGGGUUUGCGGGUCAAGGUCAAGAAGAUUGCCACUGCACUCAGGGCAUAUAUACAUUUGAUAUGGAUGCACGUGCUAUCCAGGUCGACACCUUUUGUGUUCAUGGGGGACCUGAUGGAUUUAUUACCGGAAUAAGGGGAAAGGUUCAGUGCCUCUCAGAGGAAGAUUUGGAGAAAAAAGAAACUGAUCUAGAAAGACAAGAGAUGAUUAAAGAGAAGUGUUACCUUCGAUUUCCUACUUUGCCAUUCAUUCCUAAAGAGCCUUAUGAUGUGAUCGCCACUGAUUAUGACAAUUUCGCCCUUGUUUCUGGUGCAAAAGACACAAGUUUUAUUCAGAUCUACUCAAGGACACCUGAUCCUGGACCACGAUUUAUAGAGAAGUACAAAUCAAUCUUAGCAAACUUCGGGUAUGAACCAAGCAAAAUCAAGGACACUCCACAAGACUGUGAGGUGAUGUCUAAUAGUCAGCUGGCUGCAAUGAUGUCCAUGUCUGGUAUGCAACAGGCUCUAACAAACCAGUUUCCUGAUCUAGAAUUGAAGGGCCCUAUUGAAUUUAAUCCGUUUACCAGCGUAUUUGACACUCUGAAGAAGCUUGUUGAGCUUUAUUUCAAGCAGGGAGUGAAUUUAUAAAUUUACAUUAUGGUUUUGUGCUAUAAAUUUGUGAUAAGAGCUGCUGAAUGUGUAGUAGUCUUCUCUUUAUACAAAAAAUCCUUCACUGUAUUCUCCAUUUUUUAAGAGCUAUGAAAUGUAUUGUAACAGAUUUGCUGUUUCUUGCAAAUAGAUU